AUGAAGCAACCAAGUAAUAUCCAUGUGGUGUCUACUAAGGAUGUGAUAGAUGAGGCAGUGGCAAGUGUGAGUCAUUUAAUGAGAAAGGAUGAACCCCUUGAAUCUGUACUUGCCAAUUAUUAUGAAUCCAAAGUUCAGGGCUACGAGAAAGUGGUAGCUGUUUUAUCAGGAUUAGGAGCGUAUUCAAGGAAUCCAAUCAAGUUGGAUAUCGACCUGAAAAAUAGAGUAAGUCCCCCUGCAAAGCCAUCGACAGAAAAACCACCAAAUCUGGAGUUAAAAGCCCUACCUUCUAAUCUCAAAUAUGCCUUCUUAGGAGCUAAUAAUACUUUGCCAGUAAUUAUCGCCACCAAUCUGCUUGAAAAAUAUGGUCGAAGACUCUACAAAGGUGGUCAUGGACGACUUCUCAGUCGUUGGGGAUACAUUCAAAGAGUGUUUGACUCACUUAGGACAGGUACUCCAAAGAUGCGUGGAAACGAAUCUGGUUUUGAAUUGGGAGAAAUGUCACUUUGUGUCACCGAACAAGAGUUGCUUGCAGUAGUCUAUGCAUUUGAAAAAAUCAGGGAAUACUUGUUGGGCACCAAAGUAGUCGUACACACUGAUCAUGCUACACUCCGGUACUUGAUGGUAGAGAAAGAUGCAAAACCACGAUUGAUUAGGUGGGUACUACUAUUGCAAGAAUUUGAUUUCGAGGUAAAAUACCGAAAAGGAUGCGAAAAUCAAGUGGCUGAUCAUUUAUCAAGGCUGGAAGCAAGGGGGAAUGUUGAGCAUGAGGUUGACAUAGCUGAUUUGUUCCCCGAUGACCGGGUGUUUGCAAUAUCCCUCAAGCAUAUGCCAUGGUAUGUAGAUUUUGCAAAUUACAUUGUGUGCGGGCUGAUGCCGGAUGAGUUGACCUUUUUCCAACAAAAAAGAUUCAUGUUCGAUUUUAAAAAGUACUUUUGGGACCAACCAUACUGGUUCCGAAAGUUUGCUGAUCAUGUCAUUAGAAGGUGUGUUCCGGAAGAAGAAGCGGUAGAAAUUCUCCAUGCUUGCCAUACAUCUCCAGUAGGAGGUCACUAUGGUGGUGUUCGCACCACCAUCACUCUACAAGGAUGCACAUGA